AUGAGGUUCGACUGCCCCGAUUCCGUCUAUGGAAACCACCGUGGCAGCCGGGUCACCCUGGGUGAGAGUCUGCGCGAGGCGGCCGAGCCGGAGGGCCUCUGCCACGGGGCCAGGGAUUUCCGCCCUCGCAAGGAGCGUGGCAGCGUGGUGCAGGAGGCGGUCUGGUUCCAGGCUGGCGAGGCCUUGCGGCGGCGCGCGGGCGGCUCGCUCGCGACGCUGUCGCGGUCCUACGCCGAGGCCCACGACCGCGGGCUGCAGGAGGCGCUGCACGACCUCCUCGACCUCGACCCCGCGCCAGCUGAAGCAGAGAGGCUCUCCCGAGUGAGCUCGCUGCCGCUCGGCCUCGGAGGCCUUGGACUCAGGGCUGCCGCCGCCCGCGACGGCUUUGCGACGUGCCCAACUUGGCAGGAGGUCUGGGACGGCGCGCGCCCUGAACAGACAGAGCCAAAGCCGGGCGAGUGGAAGCACGGAUGGCAGUACCACGCCUCCGCAGCCCGAGAGCGGCGCUACAGGGAGGAGGUCGUUCUCCCGAGCCUCACAGACGACCAGCAGUGGAUGCUCGACUCGCAGGGAGGCCGCUGCGGCGGACGGCACCUGGCCCUGAUCCCCUCGACGCCAGAAAGCACGUUCACGCCUGAGCGCUUCCGGGCACUGCUCCAGAGACGGCUCCGCUUGCCGCUGGACGCCACGGCAAGCAGGUGCAACGGGCGCUCGUGCCAGGCCCACUUGGACGAGAGAGGCGACCACAGAGCAGCUUGCCCCCGCAGCGGACGCCUGCUGAAGCGCGGCGCUCCCAUCGAGCGGAUGUGGGCCCGGGUGUGCCGGGAGGCAGGAGGCCGUGUCCGCACCAACGUGUUCCUGCGCGACAUGAACCUCCCGGGCAUUGCCGCCAACGACGGGCGCCGCAUCGAGGUGGUGGCCAACGGCCUCCCUGCCUACCACGGCAGGCAGCUCGCCAUCGACGCCUGCGUCGUGUCCCCGCUGAGGGCCACCGGCAGGCCGAUUGCGCGGAGGCUCCGCCCAGGACUCGCGCUGAAACGGGCGAGGCGCCGCAAGCAAACGACUUACCCUGAGCUGGUGGGCUCGCGGCGGGGCUACCUGCUCGUAGCCGGAGCAGAGACGGGCGGCCGCUGGGACGAGGAGGCGUACAAGCUCCUCGUUACCCUGGCCCGCGCCCGGGCGAGGAGCGCGCCGGCGGCGCUGCGAGGAUCGCUGGCGACCGCGCUGCUGCACAGGUGGAGCGGCAUGUUGGCGUACGCCAUCCACGACGCCCUGGCCGCGAGCCUGCUCGAGGACGUGCCCUCUGAAACGCUAGCGACAGACGGGGAGAAUCCCUGGCGAGGGGACGUUCUGUCGGCGCUCCCCUGA